AUGAAAUUCUCUGAUGCCAAACACAAGGACUCAAAGCUAACGGAAUUUAUCUACUUCCGAACCAUUUGUAUACAAAAAAACUCGCGUGAAACGGCAAUAACGUCUUCUCGGGAUCGAAUGACCGACCAGAUGGGAAGUAUGGAACUCAUUCUUAGUCCGGAAGUGCAGAUCGAGAUAAUUGAUCUCUACGACUCGGUAGGCGGCUAA